CACAUUGCAUUGCCAGUUCGCAGCCAUGGGCCUCUUGCCGCUUCUCGUCGUGCAUUGCGUUCUUCUGGGAGUGAACGCUGCGACAACUCUGCCACCAGAUCCCACAACUGCAUCGGACGUUCAGAAUGAUGUAUCUUCUUCAAGUCCUCCUGAACAGGAACACAACAUAAGUACCUGCCAAUCAGAUAAAGACGUCGGCAGCCGCUUCGUGCUGCAGCAAGAAUUCAAGCAGUGGUUCGGGGCGCUGGCGGCGUGCGCGCGGCAGGGCAUGCGCCUGGCCGUGCCCCGCUCCCCGCAGGAGGCAGCUGCCCUGGGAGCGCUGCUGUACGAAACCCCCGACCGACCCCUGCCCUCUGGAGACAUCAUGAUUGACGCCAUGUUCGUCGGCAUUCACAACAUAGAACAAGCGUCUCACUGGCACACUCUGGACGGGUCGCUGCUGUCGGAGGCGGGCUACGACCUGUGGCUGGAGGGCGGCGCGGGCGAGUGCGGCGUGCUGCUGGGCGACGGGCGCUACGUGCGCCAGCCGUGCCACACGCGCAUGCGCUUCGCGUGCGAGGCGCGCAGCAGCGCGGCGGCGACGGCGCGCCGCCUGGCGUCGGGCUACGAGGCGGUGGGCGACGCCGACGCCGGCCGCUUCCGCCUGUACGAGGAGCCGCUGGCGUGGGCGCUGGCGCUGCGGCGCUGCGAGGCGGAGGGCGCCACGCUGGCGGUGCCGGCGUCCGAGCGCCACGCGGGGCUGCUGGCCGGCGCGCUCUUCACGCGCGCCCGCGCCAACGCGCGCCUGCAGCGCCACGGCUUCUUCGUCGGCGUCACCGACGUCGCGCAGGAGGGCCAGUGGCGCACCGUCGCAGGAGCCAGCCUGGGCGCAGCGGGUUACUCUUCGUGGAAGCCAGGCGAGCCCUCUGGCGGUCGCCGAGAGAACUGCGGGGUGCUGCUGAAGGACGGGCGAUUCGCUGACCACCCGUGCACGGAGCCAAUGCCCUACUGCUGCCAGGAGAACAUCGCACCUACAGACUCAGAAGAUCUUGUCGAGACUCGCGGGCGCUAUCGGCUCCAUAAGAAACCCUUGACUUGGUUCGAAGCGGUGCUGGCUUGCCAAAGAGAAAACGGCACGUUGGUGACGCCUGUCUUACGAGAGGGGGAAUUGCUGACGAAUAUGAUGAACAGCAACCAACGCGACAUGUAUGGAAAUCGUAUAAUUGAAGUGAAUUCGAUACACGUCGGUAUAUAUGAUUUCUUUGGAAAUGAAACUUGGAAGAGUAUUAAUGAAGAAUCACAAAAUUUGAGGCAGACCGUGAAUUAUUCGAAGAAGAGGAUACAUUAUCCUAGAACCUUCGAUGAGUAUGGAUCACCUGAAAGAAAUGAUUACGAUGAUUUUGACAAUCAUCCACUCAAUGAAAUGUUUACCGUCCGCAAUGAGUACGGUAACCACAAAUGCGUGAAAAUGGACUAUUAUGGUAAUUUUGAAAAUCAACAAUGCUUUAAUAAACUACCCUACGUGUGCAAACGUAGGGAUUGAAACGUCAAUAAAAUAUAAUGUAUUGUUGUCGACUGAACCAUAGAUAAAACAUUAAAGUACUUGUCUAUGAAAAUAUAACGUAAGCAACAUCAAUAUAAUAGAAACAUUCUUGUCUUCAAUAACUAAUGUAUUACGUGACAGUCAGUAAAAAAAACAAAAAAAAACAGAACGAAACGGCGAUUUUCUUUGUUAUCCUCUCCUGAAUGUCAAUAUUAUAACUUUCUGAGGUUUUAAUGAAAAUCGGACUUACAAGUGUAACAAAAUUGAAGGAAAUUUUGAGACAAUUUUCAAAAUUUUCUAAAGUCUUCUUCUGAACUACUCUUAAAAAUAAAAUAUCUAUUGCAAACUGACAGGGAUACGAGAUCAGUCAGCUAAACCGAAGUAUAUUCAUUUAGGUAAAAUUCCUGUGAAAGGUUUAAGCGCGUGUUAUUUACUGGGAGACAGACUCACGGACAGACGUCCGUUUGAAGAAAGUAGAUAUGAUAUGAGUGACUUUUUGCUUUCGGAAUAAGAAAGGUUGCGACGCUAAGCCGAGUUGCGAAAUGCUGAGGCCGCGCCACUGAUGCCAAUUAUAAAUUCACGGAAACAUUAAAAAAUUGCAAUUUUCAUAUCAAUUAAACAAAAUUAAGUUUAUAACUAGUGAUAUUUCUUAUUUUAGCAUUAUGACAUUUAUUUAUUGUAUUUUCUUUGUCUUAACUUUGAUAAAUCAAAUACAUAAAUAUGUUGUUUGUUGUGUUGGUAUUGCAGCGAGCCAUGAACUAUUGAAAAUUCCCGCGCGGGUGUAAGUAAUCAGAAAGGUACGGAUGGGUUUUAACAAUACUUUUACGUACUUUCUUUCAGGUCGUUAACACUCAGCAAUAAACUAGUAAACAAUAAAAGUAUUUUGAUAUUAUGUGCGAGUAAUGAUUCGUUUUUGCACGAUCGAAGUUGAGGGAUUGUUGCUGAGUCGAUAGAUCGAGACAGAAAAAUCGUUUGAGACGGAGGAAAAAAUUAUAAUUUUGUCCAUG